GCGAAUGUUCUCCUGACAGUAGGGUUUCCUUGAAAACUUGGUUUCACAAAAUGCACCACCUUUGUGGGCCGCGCCGCGGGAGCUGACUGCACUACCUGCCUGCGUCGGCGGCAGGUCACGAGGUCAAGGUCGGCUUCGCGUAGGCUGCGCCUCUUUCAGCACGUUUCCUUGGCCUCGCGGGCUCCCUCCCUCCGGCAGGCGUCGCUGGCCAUUGAUGGGGCGAGAGGAAGGAAGCGGAUCUUCGAUCCCGCCCGGAGGCUCGGCACCCCUGGGCCGCCUUCCUCCCGUGCCCGCCUGCGCUCGCGCCGCCGCGGCUUCUGGAGGGUCUCGCGCCACCUGCCGGCGCCCAGGGAUGGACCGGGCCCUCACUCUGGAAGGCAAGGAUCUGGGCGGCCGCGAUUGAAGGCUCGGGCGCAGCUGGGAGGGAAUCCCCGGCGGGCGAGAGCACCAGCGCCAGGCCAAGGCGUGGGGUACGCGGAGAGGUCCGGGAUCACGGCGACGGCAUCCGGAGUCGCGGGCGGGGCGCUGCCGGGGAGUCCGGGAACCCUGGAGGGGCCGGGGAGUGGGCGGAGGUGCCGCAGGAGGCGUCCGGGGCUUGGCCGGGCUGGUCUGGUCGGGCGCGCAGUUGAGGGGAGGGACGGGGCUGCGCCGGGCUGGGCCGCCGCGUCUGCUUCCCUCGCCCUGGACCCUCGCCGGGCGAUGAGUGUUGAGGAAGAGAGGAAGACCUGCGGGCCUUUAGAUACUGGGACCGCCCUUUCCCGCUCCAGGUCGGGCGGCGAGCAGCAACGAAGGCUGGACCCUCAGUGGCAGCAUGAGAGCGGUCGCCGCCGCUCCGGGCUUGCGGCCGCGCGGCAGGCGGUGGCGGCUCUGCCGGCGCUGGCCAUGAGCGCGCGAUGGGGCGGGCGGCGCACUCCGCGUGGAGGCCUGAGGCUGUCCGAGGCCCAUCUGGCGCUGAUGGCCGCCAGCCUGGUGUGCAGCGCCGUGGUCGUCUAUGUUUGCUGGAAGCAGCUGCCGCCCCUGCCCUGGGCCUCCUCCGUCCCGCCGCGGCGGGUGAGCGUGCUGCUGUGGUGGGAGCCCUUCGGGGGCCGGCACAGAGCCAAAAGGCCGCACCCCGAUUGCCGGUUGCGCUUCAACAUCAGCGGCUGCCUCCUGCUCACUGAUCGCGCGGCCUACGGGGAGGCCCAGGCGGUGCUUUUCCACCACAGAGACCUGGUGAGGGGACCCCAGGACUGGCCCCCGCCCUGGGGCGUCUACGUGCGCCCGGUGGAGGAGCAGCAGGUGCUGAUGGACGACGAGGAGGAAGCCGCGGAGGCCUUAGCCCUGGCUGCCUCGGGCCCCAGGCCCCCCGGCCAGCGCUGGGUGUGGAUGAACUUCGAGUCGCCCACCCACUCCCCGGGGCUGCAGAGCCUGGCAGGUAACCUCUUCAACUGGACGCUCUCCUACCGGGCCGACUCGGACAUCUUCGUGCCUUACGGCUACCUCUACCCCAGGACCCAUCCCAGCGAGCAGCCGCCGGGUCUGGUCCCGCCGCUGGCCCGGAAACAAGGGCUGGUGGCCUGGGUGGUGAGCAACUGGGACGAGCGCCAGGCGCGGGUCCGCUACUACCACCAGCUGAGCCAGUACGUGACCGUAGACGUCUUCGGCAAGGGUGGGCCCGGGCAGCCGCUGCCCGACGUCGGGCUCCUGCACACAGUGGCCCGCUACAAGUUCUACCUGGCCUUCGAGAACUCGCAGCACCUGGAUUAUAUCACGGAGAAGCUGUGGCGUAACGCCUUCCUGGCUGGGGCGGUACCGGUGGUGCUGGGCCCAGACCGUGCCAAUUACGAGCGCUUCAUUCCCCGCCGUGCCUUCAUCCACGUGGACGACUUCCCUGAUGCCUCCUCCCUGGCGGCCCACCUGCAAUUCCUCGAUCGAAACCCAGCUGCCUACCGCGGAUACUUCAGCUGGCGUCGGAGCUAUGCCGUGCACGUCACCUCCUUCUGGGACGAGCCUUGGUGCCGGGCCUGCCAGGCUGUGCAGAUGGCUGGGGACCAGCCCAAGAGCGUCCCUAACUUGGCUGGCUGGUUUCAGCGGUGAAGCCACCCUCCCCUGGCUGUAACCCAGGGAGGCCAAGUCGUCGGCUUUUGGAUCCUCCGGAUCCUCCGCUGUGCAUCUCCUUAACUGCCGGAUCAUGGGACUGUAUUUUCCAAACACCCAUUUUUAAUCUAUUCCCAUAGAUUAAAGUUGACUUACCAAGUAAUAUUAUUCAGCACAAAGACUGGGUGGGAAGGGUCCUGGGUGCUCAUGGUUUUUGGACAACUAGCAGUUGGGCUUCCUCUGCUGUCCAAGGGCAUCUGAGCUCUGGGGUGAAGAUGGGGGCCUUCCUCCCCUUGUAACCAGUGCAGAGGUGAAGAAACAGCUUACCUACAAGAAACAAUUGUCAGUGGCUCUGAAUUUCCUCAUGUGCCACAGGCCAUAUUUGUGGCCUGUGCUGAGUCCAAAUCUCACACAAUGCUCCUCCACUCACGUGACUGGGCCGAAUGCGGCAAACCCCUGGUUUCAGAAAGAGCCUUGUUGCAGGAUAGAGAAAGGACUGUGGCCACAGGUGGGUCUUUCUCUUUGUGCCUGGAUUUCUCAAAGCGUCAUCUCCUAAGAAAGGUGAGGAGGGUGGUCCAAGAAUCCACUGACUUCCUUAACAAGUGCUGUUGUUUGUUCCCUUGCUUUAUGAAUGGAAACAAGAUGCUGGAUUGUCCUUGGAGAAGAGUUAGGAUGAAUAUUUGGUGUACCUCACUUUACACAAAUGUAUUCUUGAAAAGCCGCUUUUAAAUCAAAUUCGCUGUUUUAGAAGAGCGCAAUAUUUAAUGGAACCCAAUGGAGAAUCCCUUUAUAAUGUGAAUAAUCAUCUGCUAACUGAUUUUUUCUGUGUCUAUGUUUUUCUAUAACCUGGAUCUUUUAAAAAGCAUAUUAAAAUUACAGAUGUGAAAAUAAAGCAGAAGCAACCUUCUUCUCCCUUCCUCCCAGAAAACCAGCCUGUGUUUACAAACAGAAGAGAAGGAAGCCACAGUGUCACUUUCCACAAAAUUAUUUAUUUUGUGUCUUUACUGGAGCUGAAAUUUAAAACUGGAAAGUCAGUCCUCCAUGGGGUCCUGGCAUUACCUGUCUGCAGAACAAUGAAAGGGAUUGCACUGUAUUAUGGAAUCAUGCAAAAGGAAGAAAGUUUCCUGUCUGUUAAUAGCGGUUUUUGAUUCUGUCUGUUUUAAGUUAAAUGUUUAGUUGCUAGGGAAUAGAACUUAAUCAGUGCCUGCAGUAAAAACUUUAUCUUUUGUUACAGAAAUCUGCAAUUCUCCCUGGGGCCACCAGGUUCCCCUCCUGGUCUGCCCAGUAGUACAGUGGGUACAUCCUCACAUUUCUAGUGCCCUUGAGACUGUGCUGUGGGACCAACUUUGAAAAUAUAUGCAUUGACUUUAAAAGUUGUUGAAUGAACAGCAUAUUAGGUGUCACCAUGUACCUGCACCACGGGAAAAACAAAAAUGUGUAAGGCUAGGUUCCUCUCUUUAAGGCUCUUAUAAUCUACCACUGUCAAAAAGUAAAUAGUGGACUUUGAUAAAUCAAUUGGCAGAACUUAUUUGUUUAAAGUAACGUUCUUUUUUUAAAAAUUUAAUUUAUUUUUGGCUGCAUUGGGUCCUUGUUGCUGUGCGCAGUCUUUCUCUAGUUGCGGCAAGCGGGGGCUACUCUUUUUUUGUUUGUUUGUUUGUUUUAAUUUAUUUUAUUUUAUUUUUGGCUGUGUUGCGUCUUCAUUGCAGUGCGCGGGCUUCUCAUUGCGGUGACUUCUCAUUGUGGAGCACGGGCUUUAGGCGCCCAGGCUUCAGUAGUUGCAGCACACGGGCUCAGUAGUUGUGGCACGUGGGCUCUAGAGCACAGGCUCAGUAGCUGUGGUGCACGGGCUUAGUUGCGCUGCGGUGUGUGGGAUCUUCCUGGACCAGGGCUCGAACCCAUGUCCCCUGCAUUGAUAGGCGGAUUCUCAACUACUGCGCCACCAGGGAAGCCCCAGGCUACUCUUUGUUGAGGUGCGUGGGCUUCUCAAUGUGGUGGCUUCUCUUGUUGCGGAGCACGGGCUCUAGGCGCGUGGGCUUCAGUAGUUGUGGCACACGGGUUCAGUAGUUGUGGCUCGCGGGCUCUAGAUUCCAGGCUCAGUAGUUAUGGUGCACGGGCUUAGUUGCUUCGCGCGUGUCCCCUGAAUUGGCAGGCGGAUUCUUAACCACUGCGCUACCAGGGAAGCCCCAUUUUUUUUUUUUUUUUGUGGUACGCGGGCCUUUCACUGCUGUGGCCUCUCCCGUUGCGGAGUACAGGCUCCGGACGCGCAGGCUCAGCGGCCAUGGCUCACGGGCCCAGCCGCUCCACAGCAUGUGGGAUCUUCCCGGACCGGGGCACGAACCCGUGUCCCCUGCAUCGACAGGCGGACUCUCAACCACUGCGCCACCAGGGAAGCCCAAAUAUGUUGACUGGGCAUUAAUCCAGUGGGAUUUUUUGGUUUUUUUUCCUUUUUUUUGUUUGAUUGACGUAUAGUUGACUUACAGUGUUGUGUUAGUUUCAGGUGUACAGCAAAGUGAUUCAGUUAAUAUAUAUAUUAUAUAUGUAGUAUAUAUAUAUAUAAUAUAUAUUCUAUAUAGCAUAUAUAUUAUAGAUAAUAUAUCUUCUUUUUCGGAUUCUUUUCCACUAUAGGUUAUUACAAGAUAUUGAAUAUAGUUCCCUGUGCUAUACAGUGGAUCCUUGUUGUUUAUCUGUUUUAUACAUAGUAUUGUGUAUCUGUUAAUCCCAAACUCCUAAUUUGGGGGGGAGGGAUAAAUUAGGAGUAAAGUGACAUUCUUAAUAAUACCAUAAAUCAAUUAUUAGAAAGCCAGUUGAUUUAAAGCCUGAAAUAAUGGGGUUUUUUUCUCCUUGAUUUAUUAUAAUAAGCACCCUCAGUGACUGUUGUGGGUAAGGUCCAAGAUUAAUUAGGUUUAUACAGAAUUCUGCUGUAAACAGUAAUUUUGCAUUUGAUUAGUACAAUUAGCUGAAUCAUAAAGUAACUUUUAUCUCUAUGCAUUUGUUCGAAACACUUACUAACGUCUAGGUGCUUCAAUUCUCCCUUUUCCUUAAAAGGAGAAAUUGAAAUCCCUGGAUAAAAUGUCCUCAUUAAAAUAUUAUAGUAUGGGCAGAAUUAUCAAAUUAUCAAUAAUUUGAUAAUUAUCAAAUUAUAUCAAAAUAGACCCCCAAUAAAGAAGGAAAGAUUCUGUUCUUAAAAUAAGUAUUUAUGAAUUAUUGGUCAGUGGUCUUGGUGUUAUUGGGAAUCUACAUGGGACAGUGGGGGAUAGUUUGAAGGUAAUCUGCCUUAACUCUGAAUUCCAGCCAUGUGACCUUGGGCAAAUUAGUAAUAACCCUGAGUCUCAACUUUCUUAACUGUAAAAUGGGGCAAGGAAUGACUUCACAGCUCCUUAUGAGCUGUUCAGGAAAUGGAAAUAAAGUAAUAAGGUGCCUAACACAUAGUGGUGACUCAAUUGGUGACAGAGAGAGAGGUUUAUUUCCCUUCUUGCAGUGGUUUCAGGGUGCCUCCUUAUCCAUUUAUAGGGGUUGUAGAAUUAAAUCUCAGGGUAUGUUACAGAAUAUAUCUGAAAUAAAAAGGAAGUGACCUCAUAUCAUGUAUUUCAAAUGAAUCCCUAAAUCUCAGCCAUACUAUUUCAAGAGUCAUUACUGCCAUUUAGGUUGAGCUGGAAUUUGCAGACUAGGAAGAAGCACUAUGCUUUCUGUGAAUUUUUUUUUUAAAAAUUGUUUUUGUUCUGGUUAAUUUAUAUUGUUAAAUAAGUAUUAUUUUACUAAUGCUCUCCUUGGUAUUAACUCUAUUUAAAACUAAUCAUGUUAUUUAUUGAAUACUUAGCAUGAGGAAGGUAUAAUUGCAGUUUUAUGUGCAAAUUUGGGGUAAGGAAAAAACAAUAUAUUUUUAGGCUAAUUUCAUCAAACAGCCAGAGAAAUGUGGCAAUUGCUCAUUUUAUAUGAUUUCAUUUUUCAAGUCCUUCUAAAUUGAGCAGGUUAAAAUUUCACAUACGCUAAUAUAAAAAUACAUAGGGAUGCAUCACAUGUAUUUCGAAAUGGCUUUCAUAAACUUUUCUUUCAAAUGUAUUGUAAAUUUAAUUUAAUAUUUUUAGUGCUCCAUGACUUUAAUUACAUGAGUACGCCUGAAAUAUUUGCAUCAAGAAGACAGUCUGACUUGCUUUCAGUAUUCACAGGUCCUUUCCAGUUUCCAAACCCUUCCUCAGCAGUAAUUUAGAGGAGACAGGGAAGCUUCACGGAAAGAGCUCGCAAUUUGGAGUCAAAACCUGGGUGUGUGGUUUUGCCACUUUCUGCCCCUGUGGCCCUGAUUAGGCGAGUUACUUAAAUUAGCGUCCUCCUUUAUAAUGCAUGAAUGCCCCUGCAAAACAAGGCUUAAAUGUGUUUGCCAGGGUGCUUUGUACAUUGUAAAGUGCUAUACAGUUACAGGAUGCUCCAAAUUUUCAAAGCUCUAGAGCAGGGAUCAGCACACUUUUUCUGUAAAGGGCCAGAGAGUAGAUAUUUCAGGCUUUGCCGGCCAUACAGUCUCUGCUGCCACUACUCACCUCUGCUGUUGGUAGUACAAAAAGCAGCCACUGACAAUCUGUAAACAGAGGCGGUGCCGGGAUUUGGCCUGUGGGCUAUAGUUUGUUAACUCUGCUCUACUUUUAGAGAUAGGAAUUUGAGAACCUACCUGCUGGGGUUUUCUUUUACGAAUUGGAAUUAGAGAAUUUUGGAGGCAGUUACUAGACCAGCUUUGCAACGUUUCCUAGUUGUCUCAUCUCGGGUAAAUUAUUUGAGCUUUCUGCGUAUUGAAAUUCUCAUCUCUAAUUGAAGGUAAUCAUAUAUAAUUUAUGGAGGUGUUGGGAGAAUUAGAAAAGACACUUAAAGUACUCAGGACAACGUCGGGCACACAGGAAGCACCUGGAAGAUGUUAGCUGUGAUGAUCACCAGUCCAUUUUACAGAAGAGGGACCUGGUUAAGGACUUACCUAAGGUUACAGUAAUAGUGGCAGAACCAGCCGUGCUUGUGCAAGUCACAACUCCUUUGAGCCUCUGUCACUUGAACUGCAAAAGGAGGGGGUUGGAGAACAUCUUCUCUUGGGACCUUCUAGUUCCAUUGCCCUCAUUCUACUAACUGGCACCGUAGGGCUUAAAGAACUAAUUUACCUCCCUAAGUGCCUUCCUUACAGUCUGGAAAUGACUUACUACACAGCACCAGUAAACUGGUGGAAAAUCCAGGCACCAGAGAGGGAGACUCUGAUGUAGCAUUAGUAAAAUAUAUAUCUAUUUAUAUAUAAUAUGUAAUUAUUAUAUUUUAUAUAUGUGUGUAUAUAUGAUAUAUAUCUUUUUUUAAUAACAUGCCUUAAAUAUCAGGGAAGGGAGCCCAGCCCUUGGUAAUUAGUAUGGUGAAUAAUUGCAACGAACACAGUUCAAGUCAUUCUUGGAUAUGUCUCAGGGACUUUUAUGCUGCACAUUCUUACAACAAAUCAAGUAUUUAUGUACCCAUGUUCAGAUUAUUUUGACAAAACGAUUAAAGAUGGAAAAUGA